AUGCCUGCUCAGCGCCUUCAGCUCGGCGACCUCACGAACGCCCUGCUGGUCCCCGACGACGACCGCCCCUCCCGCGUCGCCAAACUCACCUCGCUCGCUCAUGCCCUCCCCGACGCCAGCGACCCGCCGACGCCCCAGGACAUUGCUCGAGCGGCUCGCUUGUCCGCUCACUUCGACCAAGAAUCACUCGUUGCCGGACCACUCAACGACGAAUUCAUGACCAACUAUGCUGCCGUCAAGACCUACGAGGGCGAACUCGUUCAGAAGGCCGUCUUCGCCAAGGACAAGAACGUCCUUGACGCAGAGGCGGGAGAGGCUGCGGGCGCGGCGGAGGGAGGCACGACCUACGAGGAGCAAGUCGCUGCCAGCGGCUCUCAAGUCGCCAAGGUGUUGGCGCGCGGGAUCGACACCCUCCUCGACGAGAUGCGCAAGACCCGCAAGGAUGUCGGCAAGAACCGCAAGAUCAUCCGCAAGGUUCGCAAAACUCAGAAGGUUCACGACCUUCGCAUCACGGACAUUGCCAACAAGAUGCGCGACCUGGAGCACGCAACUCGUCGCUCGCGCGCUUCGACUGAUCUGGAUAACCUGAACGCUCCUCUCCCCGCUCGCCCUCCUCUCGGCCCGAUCUGGCGCGACGACUACAGUCCGUCCGUCUCGCCCUCCUCGUCCGACGACUCGUCCGACUCGGAUGGCUCGGCUGGCGACCCGAAACGUCGCGCAGGCGCCGCUGCCGCCUCCGCAGCUCAGGCUCAAGCUGCUGCUCAGGCUCAGGUUGGUGGCGACCGCCGCCGCGGUGGUGGAUUCGGGGGUUUCGGCGGAGCUGCUCGAGGCCGUGGUCGCGGGACCAGGAAUUCGAGCGAAACGCCACGUCGCGCGACUCGCGCUUCGAGCGCCGCCGCCGCCGCCGCCGAGGCCGAGGCCGCCGCCCAAGCUUUCGCAGCUGGCGGCGAGCAGGACGAGGAGGACGACCUGUAUGCGUGA